AUGCUUCUUAUUUUAUCGAGUCUUAUUAAAAUUCUGGGAAUUAUUGUUCCUGUAUUGGUCGCGGUUGCUUUCCUGACGCUCGCCGAACGAAAAGUUAUGGCGUCGAUGCAAAGACGUAAAGGACCAAAUGUAGUGGGGUUUUUUGGUAUUCUCCAACCUUUAGCGGACGGAUUAAAACUUUUACUAAAAGAACCAGUUUUACCGAGUAGUGCAAACACCGUCAUUUUUUUGGCUGCCCCGGUACUUACUUUUUUAUUAGCUCUUACUUCUUGGGCUUUUAUCCCAUUUGAUGAAGGCGUUGUUUUGGCAGAUUUGAAUCUAGGAAUUUUAUAUAUUUUUGCCAUCUCCUCGCUGGGUGUAUAUGGUGUAAUUACUGCUGGAUGGUCAAGUAAUUCGAAAUACGCCUUUUUAGGCGCAUUAAGGUCAACAGCGCAAAUGGUUUCCUACGAAGUUUCUAUUGGAUUGAUCAUUAUUACUGUGCUUCUUUGUGUGGGUUCAUUAAAUUUAUCAGAGAUCGUUCUUGCACAAAAAAAUGUUUGGUUCGGGUUGCCUUUAUUUCCAAUGUUGCUCCUCUUUUUUAUUUCGUGUUUAGCCGAAACAAACCGAGCACCUUUUGAUCUCCCGGAAGCCGAAGCUGAACUAGUUGCUGGGUAUAAUGUUGAAUACUCGUCGAUGGGUUUUGCAUUAUUUUUUUUAGGCGAGUACGCGAAUAUGAUUUUAAUGAGCGUGCUGUGUGUAAUCCUUUUUUUAGGGGGGUGGUUGCCACCGUUCAACCUAACUUUAUUUUAUUGGAUUCCUAGUCCCAUGUGGCUCGGUCUCAAAACGAUUCUUUUUUUGUUUUUGUAUAUCUGGGUACGAGCAGCUUUUCCAAGGUAUCGUUACGACCAAUUAAUGAGAUUGGGUUGGAAAGUUUUUUUACCCCUUUCCUUGGCCUGGGUAUUAUUUGUGGCGGGUAUUUUAGUUGCUUUUGAUCUUCUCGUAUAA